AUUCACUUAUUCUUUUGUCGAAACUUCCUCUACAGCUCCUAUCCCUAUCCCUAUCUCUAUCUCAGUCUGCUCGAAACACUUAAGGAAGACGUAAAAUGGCGUAUGGACUAACUUAACAGGUCCACUAAGCCAUAAGAGCACCAAACCAAACCAACCUUACGUUGCUGCUGUUCGGUGCUUUUGAUGAUUUGUUUUUGACUACGUACGUAUGAUGUAGACCAGCGCCGGUUACAUGCGAUUUUCAAAUAAUUAGCAAAUCAUGAUACUGUGUUAAUUGUGCCAAUUGACACGAAUUGAAGGUCAGUUUUGAUACAACUCGGAUCGGUGACUGCAAACAUGAGUGAUAAUGUUUUAACUAUUAUUUCUUGAAGGAUCGUCAGCAGAUACUUGUUUGUGCAUCCUCGUUAAAAACAAGCUCUUCACUAUGGCCUCUGCUACGGAACAACAGCAGACCACGCUGGAGUUCUACCAGGCGAUGGCAGACUUCAAAAACAUGUUUCCACAGAUGGAUGAUGAUGUGAUAGAGGCAGUACUAAGAUCUAAUCAGGGAGCUGUGGAUACCACUAUUGAUCAACUGCUCACUAUGAGUACUGACAAUGAAAAUGAGAAAAUUAGAAGCGAAUUAGAGCAAAAAGAGGAACCUCCGAAUGCUAUCAAAUCACCUAAGAAAGACAUUAGUAAGUCCUUAAAAAGUAUUCAAAAAUGGCAACCACCAUUAUUGGGACCAUUGCCCGAUACUUUUCUAAGACUUCCUCAACAAACAUUAGACGACAGUAUUGACUCAUUUUCACAAGAAAAUUCUAUGAUAGAAGAUGAGAGAAUUGCUAUGUUCCUGCAGAAUGAAGAGUUUAUGGCAGAACUUCGUUGGAACAAAGACUUUUUGUCCACAUUAGAACACGACUCAAAGCUAGAGAAAUGCGGCGCCCAAACUGGUCACGACGAUGAGGAUUUGUUCAAAGAAAGAUUGAAGAAUAUGGGCAAGUUGUCUCGACGCAAAUUCGCGCAACUUACCAAGGUGUUCACUCGCAGUAAGAAACGUGGUGGUAGGCAACUGUUGCCACCGACAGCUUCCUGUGAUGAUCUCCUAGAAGAGUCAUCCAGACCUCAAUCUUAAAGGGAUAGUUUGUAUUUAUUGUGAGGACAGUUAAACACUUUAUUAAUGGUACUUGCAGCUUAAUGUAAUUUUAGAUAUCACAACAUGGAAACAAGCAUAUCUAUGUUGUUGUAACUUGCAAAAACUGCUAGGGUUACGUCAGGAUCGUGUAAGAUACACAUUAAUUAGCGAUUUACGUUUUGGGCUUACAAACAAUUCGCCGGACAAUUGCUCGAAGAUGAUGUAGAAAAAAAAUGUUAGCGCGCGAGAAUAAACUCGUUUAAAAAGUGAGUAUUAAAGAAAAGAAUGCAAAACGAUUGAAGAUGAUCAAAACAUACGUAUCUUGAUAUAAAUAUAUCUAAACAUAAUUACAUAAAGGAGAAAUAGCGCAUUAUAUUGAUCUUAACACAUUUUUCCUAGUGAGAAUACACAGAUCUGUUUCAAUUCUUACAAACUUGAUGUGAUAUUUUAUGAUAUUGUGACGUAAAAUUUUUAUUAUUAUUAUAGAUUUUAUUUAUAUGAAAAUUUUA